AUGAAGGGCCGAACCACGUCCAAGUUCGUUUCUCAGGACCGAUAUCCGAAACUCUGCAUUCCACGGCUCCAGGGCUACCGCGGACCAGACCGGAGAGCCUCACCUGCAAGCAUAGAGACUCCCAAAUCCAUGAUCUGCAGCCAUUGGAUCCCUCGGGUGGACCAUGGCACCUCCUUAUCAGCGAGCUUAGCCGCAUCCGGCCGCAUAUCGACGAGCGACCCCUAUCCGCCCAAUCAGACCGCCGAACCGUCCACAUGGCCCUAG